CUGGUGUUGCUGUUUCUGGCACUACGGUAUAGGUAUAUAAAGUAAGAGCUGAUCGCUCAGUAUUAGCAAGCUGGUCAACGUGAUACAUGGCAAUGGGCAUCUCCAGCGGUCGAGUGGCAAUUGCCGCACUUGUUGCCUUGUUUUCCUGCCAAAUAUUGGCAACCAAAGCAGGCAGUUUUUCCACGCUUUACGCAGAUUCCUUCGGCGAUGAAGACGUAGACAACCUCCCAUACCAGGACCUAACUCAAGACCAAUUGACGUACGCCGGUGUUAAUCCGUACCAAUACGGAGACAGUCUGAUACCCCAGGACGCUGUGAACGUGAGAUCAGGAUACCUAUCCAAGCGUGGCAAGCACAAAGUUGAAGAUUUAAUAGCCCGGCUACGACAGCUCAGCCAAGGUGACAUUCCAUCCCAUCGCGUGCAUCGAGUUAGAUUUGGCAUAGGAAGGAAAUAAAAGCGUUAUUGUAAAUCGUUUUGGAACUAUUUGCACAAGAGAGGUCUGAUAUGCCAAUGUGAUUGAGUUCUAAAACAAUAUCGGAUAAUCUACCUAACAUGUAGGCAUGAAAAAGGCUGCUAUAUUUUUAAAUAAAUAUAAAUAAUAUACACAUGUACAUGUAACCUCUGGUUUUGCAUUUUGACCCUUGUUUUACAAAAUGGACGCCGUACAUGUACCUAGAAAUAGGCUUGUAAUGGUACUUUAAUUUCCUAGGCGACUUAUAUUUAGGUUCAGUGCAUUUUGACCCUUUUUUACAAAAUGGACGCAGUGCACAGAAAUAGGCUUGUAAAGUGACUUUAAUAUCCUAAGUGACCUAUAUUUAGGUUGACAUCAUAUUAUGAUAAUACAAUCCACAUGGGUUCGUUUUAAGGUGUCGUCCUCAGAAAACAAUGGGUCUUAAUACUACCAGAGGGCGCUGAAGUAGGCGAAAGGUGCGAAAAUGGACAUUUUAGCUCAGUUGCCCAUUUUUAUAUGACAAAUACUCAACAUUUUGUAACAUUCAAACCUUAAAUUUUAAAUUUUACCUGACAAUAAUACUCUGAAUAAGCAUUCCUCGUAUGUCGCUAAGGGUUAAGAGAUAAUCUAAUUUGUCUUAGAGGAAGUGCUUUCCGGAUCAUAAUCUUUUAUCAUAGGCCUACAUAUAAAAAUGAAAUAUACUAUGUCAUUUGCAAAAGCAUUAAUUAAUCAUUAUUCAUAGCCCAAUCAGUAUACGUGUAACUGAUGAGUAGUUUGAAAUAUUAAAAAAGAAGCUUGUUACUAAAAUGCAGUUACGUUGACAUGGGAUGGACUAAAAUAUUUUUAUGGUGCUUAUUAAGAGUCUCAUGUAUUCAGUUUCAUACAUAGAACAUAGUCAUACAAAGUAAUAAAUUAUGUUUCAAUUAUUAUUAUUUUUUUAUUACCAUUAUUCUAAAUUCCCUGUUUGCGAAUAUUUUCUGCAUUAGGCCUAUACAUGAUGAAUUUCAUAUUCAUUUUGGAUAUGAUAUUCGACACUUUAUGCAUAUAUUCUCCCUCCUUCCUAGCUGCAUGGAAGAUGGGCCGUUUUUCUGCCAAAGGAUUAUUUUAUGUGACUUGUAUAAAAAAUCAGUUAAAUCACAAAUUUCCGGGUCUUCACCAAUAAAAAUGGUGGAUUCGGCAUUUUUGCUACUUUUACCGAAUUUAGCGCCCUCUCGCAUUGUUACAUGCCACUACUUGUUAUGUAGCCUUAUAUAUUUCACAGUAACAAACCAAACAUGGGAAAGGAUAAAAAUAUUUAGUCUCCUCAUUCACACACGAAAUAAACAAUAAAAGACAAACACAAGUAUGAUAUUUGAAACUUGACAGCUGCUUUUAUUGAAAAAUUCUCCUAAUAGAAUGAUGUAAUUUAGUUCAUAACACAGGAUGAUGUUUAAUAUUGC